AAUGACGUCAUUGUUGGGGUAUUUUUCAAGAUGGCGAACGGCGUCUCAGAAGCCGCUGUGUGGGACAAAUGAACACAACAUUCCUCGCAGACAGCAACGCCGGUCUUCGGCGCACAGGAUGUUGGCUCACCGCGGACGCCCGACAUUGACGCCCUAAGCCGGUCGUGCGACAGUCAGCGCUCCGGUCUCCGCGGCUAAGAUGCUAGCUCCCUCGGCCAAGAAGAAGAAGAACAAAAACUGCCGCGCCGCUGGGCCGAAGAAGCAGGGUCUCGGUGGCCGGCGGGCCUGAAGCUCAUGGCGACGACGAGGGAGCGCGGAGGCCGCUUGGUCGUCGACGUGAACGAGAACGAAGAAGACGAGGCGCGACGACUCAAAUGCGCCUUGGCACUCCGACAAGGAGGUGACGUCAGCGCGGGUCAUGAUGCUGAGGUCGACCACGGUAUCGGCGCCGACGGAAGGUCACCUGAGCACCGCCGCACCUGCCUGAACGGAACCACUGAGUCACGGCGCGACGAGGAAGGAGGAGGCGGGCCCGGCUUCGCCGCUUCCUGUCCGGCUGUGACACCGGCGACGUCGCGGAUGAGCCCGGCUGGGGGGGAGGACACGGACGGGUUCGGUGGACCGCCAUGUUUGGGAACUAAGUCUCAAGCAAGCAUGCCUAACGGGGAUGUGGAUCACUGUGGUCCUCAGGUAGACCUUUGUGGUCCUCAUGCAGACUUUUGUGUUCCUCAUGCAGACUUUUGUGUUCCUCAUGCAGACUUUUGUGGUCCUCACGCAGACCAUUGUGGUCCUAAUGCAGACGUUUGUGGUCCUCACGUAGACCUUUGUGGUCCUCACUCAGACUAUUGUGGUCCUAAUGCAGAUCUUAGUGGUCCUCGCGCAGACCAUUAUGGUCUUCAGGUAGACCUUUGUGGUCCUCUCGCAGACCGUUGUGGUCCUCUCGCAGACCGUUGUGGUCCUCUCGCAGACCGUUGUGGUCCUCUCGCAGACCAUUGUGGUCCUCAUGCAGACCACAGCGGCCGGACACUGAAAGUCCACAAAGAACCGAGACAAUUCAACGGGGGCUUCCGUGCUUGCGAAGGAGCCCAGUCCGGUGUUUGUAGCUCAGGUGACUGCAGCGGGGGUUCAGCCGGCCCGCCCGCCUCUGUGGACUCGCCGGGGGCCGGACAGCCUUCCCCCGCCCCGUCUGCCUCCUCGGGACUGAGCGAGGACAGCUCGCCAUCCGAGCGGGACUCGCCCGGGCCCGGUUUGGUCGGCCGGCCUCGUAGUCUGAGGACAGAGCCGAACCUCGUCGUGUCGCUCAGCUGUGACGCCACCCCGCUGUCCCCCGCCGAAGACGGUUUCGGUUUCGGGGACCAGGGCGACUUUCGGAACACUUUUGAGACGGGCCGCCGGCAAAGUGCACCGGACCAGCUACCGGACCUCAACACACAGCUGGACUGCUCCGAAUCCAAACUGAUGCCCAAGAGGUUCGGAAUAGCCGAUUUAUUCACCAGGAGCCUGUUUUCCAAGAGAGCCAAAGACUCCAAGGCGCCGUCCCACAAUGCAUCAGGCUGGCGAGCGUUAAACAAGCCCAGGGAUGAUGAGGACGCCGCCAAAGACUCCGCCCCCUCCGCCACAGAGCAGCUGUCUCCUCAGCGCCUUCUAGCUGCCGGUAGGAAGAAGAACCUGGAGUUUGAGCCACUCUCCACCACGGCACUCAUCCUGGAGGACCGGCCGCCGAACCUUCCAGCCAAGUCUGUGGAGGAAACGCAGAGACACAAACUGGAGUAUGAGGAGAUGGUGGCCGGCGCGAAGAGGAGAGAGCUGAAGGAAGCGCAGAAGAAGAAGCGUCAGAUGAAAGAACGACAUCGCCACGAGGACAGCAUCUCCAACGCCAUGGUGGUCUGGAACACCCAGAUCCUCCCCCACUGGGACACAAUGAAGGGUACGCGGCGUGUCAGGGAGCUGUGGUGGCAGGGACUUCCUCCCAGCGUGCGAGGUCGGGUGUGGAGCCUCGCCAUCGGCAACGAGCUCAACAUCACAGCAGAACUCUACGACAUCUUCCUGUGUCGCGCCAAGGAGAAGUGGAGGAGCUACAGCGAGACCAGCUCCGUCAACGACAGUGAGAGCGACGGGGGGGCCUCACUGGCCGACAGAGAGUCCAGUCUAGACCUCAUCAAGCUGGACAUUUCCAGAACCUUCCCGUCGCUCUUCAUCUUUCAGAAGGGCGGUCCCUAUCACGACCUCCUCCACAGUGUACUGGGAGCGUACACCUGCUACAGACCCGACAUCGGUUACGUGCAAGGAAUGUCCUUCAUCGCUGCCGUGCUCAUCCUCAACCUGGAGGAGGCCGAGGCCUUCAUCACCUUCGCCAACUUGCUGAAUAAACCUUGUCAGAUGGCCUUCUUCAGAGUGGACCACGAGCUGAUGUUGAAAUAUUUUGCCGUCUUCGAGGUGUUCUUCGAGGAGAACCUGCCUCGUCUCUUCAGCCACUUCCAGACCAACAAGUUGACGCCUGACCUCUACCUGAUCGACUGGAUCUUCACGCUGUACAGCAAGUCUCUCCCGCUGGACGUGGCGUGCCGCGUCUGGGACGUCUUCUGCCGGGACGGCGAGGAGAGCUUGUUCAGGACUGGUUUGGGCAUCCUGCGGCUGUUCCAGGACGUGCUGCUGCAGAUGGACUUCAUUCACAUCGCCCAGUUCCUCAGCCGCCUGCCCGAAGACCUGCAGGCCCACACGCUCUUCGCCGCCAUGGCCAGCACGCACAUGAUCAGCAGGAACCGCCGCUGGGCCCAGGUCUUUUCUUCGCCGCCGCCGAGGAACCGGAGCAAAGACGGGGAGAAAAACGGGAGCCCCGCCCAGAGAAGCUGAGCUCGGCAGCAAGUGGCGGCGGCGGCGUCCUUCCUCCAAGUGGGUCACGGACCUUCUUUGCGGUGCUCAGACUUUCUUUUCUCCUUUAGCGUCCGCUCGCUGCACUCCCAAGCAGCAGGGGGCAGCGUUCUUACUAACGUGUCAUUGUCUUUUCAUAGCGGGGUGGCCAGCAAACAUGUCAAUAAAAGGUCAGCAAAGUGUCGGCUCAACUAACAAAAAUGUCUUUUUUUACUAACCUCAUGCUUUUAUUUCUUAUUUCUCCUUCCUGUGGCGCGCUCUCCCCGCUUCUGUGCACGGCCGUCACCACUAGAGGGCGACCAAGUCGACGUUUGGACUUUUAGAACUUUUAAAGGGACAUUUUUAAGGAUGUCGUCGCCAAGCAGCUGCAUAGAGGCAAGUAAUAGAUUACAGUUACUUUUGGAGUGCCAAGCUGUCACUUACAGCCGGUUUUUUUUUUUUUUUUCAAAAUAAAAGCGUCCGCGGCAUCUGAGCGUGUCCUUGUGGUCGGCGUGUGGGCGUGCGUCUCCGCGGCGACGGCGCCCGGGGAGAGCUGAGGUAUUUGGCAGCAGUCUGGGGUCUUUCCUGUGGGGGGCGGAGCCGGAGGGGGAAGUGGAAGUCUGUUGUUGCCCCAGGGGCCUCUGGGAUAGCACGGCGGGGGGGAGGGGGAGAGGGAGUGUGAGUUUUCACACAAAAAAACACCAGCGGUGAUUUUUAAUUAGCUUAGCCGCACUUUUUUUUUUUAACUUGAUCAGUUAUUGUUUAGUCUAUCAUUUUUGUUACUUUACUUACUUUUUCACAUUUUUAACAUUGAUUUAAUUUUUAUUUCGGACCGUUUUUGUCCUUAAAUUAGUAGCCUGGACUUGUAACGUUGAGCAAAGCAUUACUAUGUUUUUUCUUUUUAUUAUCUUAUUGGCAUUUGUACAUUUCUAUUUGUUUUAUAUUUAUUUUUGUAUCAAAUGAAAAAGUUAUUUUUGGUAUUUUAAGCAUAUUUGUACUUAAAUUUUUUUUAAUAAAUAUUAAAUAAUUUGUAUUUUUUUUAAUAUUUUUGGCAUUAAACUACUUUUAUUGUCACA